CAGUACCUUAGCCCUCCCAUUAGUAAAGCCUACUUCAUCUCUAAGCAAAGGCAUGCCCCGUACAAUGGUGAUGGAGGACGUAAACCUCUGGUACCCGGGUACGGCAUAGAAGCUCCCUCCUCCAUUUCACCCAUUUUCUCAACAAAGAGAAUGUCUUUCCAAUCAAGCAGCAGUAAUUCUCAAACACAACAGAACAGUCUGCAGUUCAUAAAUGGCAAUUAAUGGCAACUGCAUGAAGAGAAUAAAUGGCUACUCCUCCAUGAUUGGUGUUUUGGCCACUUCUGCAACCCUCCAACUCUACUUAUUGAUUGCCACUGAGUUCUUCUGCAGAAGCAACUGAGCAAUAAGAAUUAAAAACUUCACCUGCUUGAUCCAUUUCUGAUCAUGAGAUCCUCUGUCAGCAGCAACCUGGGUAGCACCUUCCCUCAGCCGCGAACAAAUCGGCCCGCUUUCCCUUUUCACUCUUCCUCAUUCAGGCAAAAGAAACUGAGCAGCCUAAUGGCGACGGAUUUUUCCUUCUCAGCCUACCUCAGACCGACCAAUGAUGACGAUGAUGGAUGUGGCGAAAACAGGGCAGUGGUGGCAGCAGCAGCCCCUGGUGACUUGGAGCUUAGCAUCUUCGAUGCCCGGAAGUACUUUACUGAGACCAGCAUCGACCCGAUUCCCUGUGCAACCAAGAAGAUCUCCCAGCCAGUUCCGAGGUUCUCCACGGAUUCGUCAGUCGAUGGGUUCAGCAGAAGCUAUCGGACCCGGUUGUACCGCUCUUGUGCGACUCCCACAGCCUCAUCUGAGGCAAGCUGGAACAGCCACACAGGGCUGCUGUCAAACCCACCCGGGGCGAUCCCGGUGUCACUAAGGAAUCCUGCAUCGGACCGGAAGAGUGGGUCCAGGUGCAGUUCUCCUAGGUGGCUGCUUUUCCUCCGGGAGUGCCCGUGCUCCAGCAAGAAGUCAGUUCAAGUGCAGAAAACCUCAUCAGAGUCGAGAUCCCCGGCGAGUCGGAACAACUGCAGUCCCAAACUGGGGGAAGCUGCAAUUUCCAAGAUUAAGCUCGAUAAUUCAACUGGGAAAGUAACUUCGAAACCCGAACUUUUUGUGGAGAAUAUGCAGAAUAUUGUCCUAGAUGCUCAUACCAGAUUCUCCAAUGAAGGAUUCACUUUUCCUGUGCUGAAUCCCUCCACUUCAUCUUCUUCGUUGCCUUUCAAUAGGAAGCUACUCAUCCAUGACUUCCCACCUAAAACUGCCUCUGCUGUCAUUGCUUCUCUACCCCUUCCACUCACCGAAGAUCCACCUCGGGACUCGCUUGAAGUCUUCCAGCCAUCCGGCACCCCACCCGACAUUCGGAGGAAGUCGAGGGAUGCUAUAUCUUUCCCGGUGAGCCCUCGUCGGCGGAUCAACUCUGUAUCAGUCGACAAUGACAUCAUGAGCGAUGCGAGCUCGGACUUGUUUGAGAUUGAGAGCUUCUCCAUGCAAUCGAACUCGACCUCAUAUCCGGCUGUGUAUGCUCGGCCGAGGGACUCGCUCGACGAGGCAAGGCCAAGGUUCUCCACUGCUGCCAGUGGAGGAAUCUAUGGCUGUCUGGAUGGGCCCACUGCGGCGGCAGUCUACGAUACCACCACGGAAUGCGGAUACGAGCCGAGUGAAGCCAGCAUCACGUGGAGCGUGAAUACGGCGGAAGGGACGGCCUUUGACCAUGCGAGCGUCACCAACUACUCUGUUAGUGCGUCCGACGUUGAGGAGUUCACCAGGAUACAGCUUCGGCAGCACAAGGAGCUCGAGAGGAGUGGAGGCGGCGUUGGCGGAGGCGGAGGGAAGCGGAGGGGAGGCGGAGGCGGGUUGCUGACGAGCUGCCGGUGUGAGAAGGCGGUGAGCGUGGGCCCAAACCCGGUGAAGUACACGACCGACAAGGGCCAUGUGGCGGCCCGGGCAGGCAGGGGAGUUAUUACAAGCCGGUAAUGUGAGCAAGCCGCCAGCCGCGAGUGACCACUCGACUCGACUGUCUCAGAUUCUCCCGACACAAAGUUCAAUUCUAUCGAGCCGCCACAUUUAAUUCUCGGACAAUUAAUAAUUAGCCCUCGCGUGUAAUUUUUCAUUUAUUUGAUUUUGAUGAUUUUAUUAUUCCUAUUUUGACGGGUAGUAAGUAUGAUAUGGUGAUUUCGAAUUCUCAUCGUGUGAUUUGUUUGUAUUAUGUUAUGUCCAUUGGGGGCCCACUCAUGAGCACAUAAGCGUUGUAUUAUUAUUUAGUGUUUCUUUUUUU